AUGUGCUUGAUUACAUCAUCUAUGGCAGUCGCUAGAGGCCAUGUGUCCGGAUUUGUUCAUAUAAGCGAUACAGGAACGGUACCACCGGAAUCUUGCGUCUUUGGCAUAAUGCUGACGUUUUUUGCCGUUAUGGUGUUUUUCUCAGUAUGGAACGUCUAUACAACGACGUUGCAGCCAUCUGCUUUACACGGCUGGGUCUCUAUAAUCGGGUCCCUUUCAGCAGUGGGUGUCAUCAUUGUGGUCAAUUUUCAGAAAAUCACUGUCUUCGAAGUACACAUCGUAGGUGCACUAACGGCCUUUGGACCUGCAACCGUGUACAUUUGGCUAAUGCUUGUGCUCAGUCCUUACAUGCGUAUAUUUCGAAAGUUUUGCGCCGCACUUGUUACGUUCAGUCUUAUUGCAACUUGUAUGACUGACCUAGUUUCGAUACUUAAAUUCAAGGGCAAGGACAGGCUUCACUGGAAGCCCGACGAUGGCGGCUAUGAAUUACACGUGGCAUCAGUUAUUUCUGAAUGGUUUAUGGUGCUAGGAAUCAACUUGUACAUCGCCACUUUAUCUACAGACAUAAAGAGAGGCAAGCAGCGUUUGGAAAAACGUAGGGGAAAGAAGAACAUGACACAGAACGAAGCGGCAAAGAAGGCAAGAUUAGAUGUGGUGCAGACACAAGUCGUAAGGGCCAAUGAAAUGAUCGUAGAUUACAGACAUGCGGAUUCAAAAACUAACGAGUGGUGUCUUCAGCAACGUGAGGCAACGAUGUCCCAAUCUGUUGGUCGUGCUUAGUGCGCCUUUCCCGUCCGAAUUAAUAGCUUUUUAACUACCAGACAUUUCAUGAGGUUUCCAAUAUAUCUAGGAUGUUGUUCGGUAAAUAAAUGCCAUUGGAGGAAUGAUGAAUGUGUUGUUUGAUGACACUGUCGUGGAUACGUAGGAUAAAUGUGUCCCAUGAGAGCAACAGAUGCCAUCGUCUUGGAUUAUCAAGUUUUUAGAUAAAUUCCCUCAAGACGUCUUUCCUGUAGUCACUGGUUUGAUAGCUCUGUCGGCAUACAUUACAUCAACCGCGGUCUCAUAUACUCUUGGACAUGUGUCGGCGGCCAAACUCUAAAUCUAUUCAUGCAUGGGCCUGCAUCGUUGGCUAUCUUGCUUCGGCUGGUGGCCUUUUAUCAGCGACGUUUCAAGGAAAUAUAACGCCAGACGUACACACUGUGGGAGAAAUAAUGAGAUUUACUUUAAUACCUUUGUACAUUUGGCUGAUAAGAUGUUCCAGUCGAUAUAUGAAAGUACUUCGGGUGUUUUGUGCUUUGAUCACUACUGCAUCUUUUCCUGUAAUCUUUAUCCUGGACAUUCAAGCCGUAUGUCCUCUGCAGCGGGCAACGAAGCUUUGCUGGACGCAGAAAGGUGACGCGUAUUAUCUGAACAUGGCAUCGGUGACCACUGAAUGGGUAUUUGUGACAACUACGAUCGUAUUUAUCGUUUCACUCGCCACAGACAUCAGGGAAAUUAAGAGCAUCCGUGCUAAAAACAUCCGACCUGGUAGAAUUCGGAGAGUGAGGAGAGAAUGGAAACCAACUGAAGUCAUGAGCGACAUGGUAGAAUCAUCCGCAGCGUCAGACAUAGAGGAACAGGAUCUAUUGGCAAAACCGGAUUUUGUCGAGGUGCAUCCGAGCGCAGAUCUGCCCGUAAGCUACGAGCCGAUCUCAGGCAACGUCACGCCAACGAUUAUGCCAUAUAAAGUACCAGACGAUAACGAUUAGACUGGUCAUUUAUAUCGCUUGUUAUUCAAAGUACCUCACUAAACUGGUUAGCAUACACGUGCUUGUACCUAUCGUCAUUGUCAAUCAAAACUAUUUUAGCAGACUUGAAUCGAGUGUUUUCUCUUACGGCAGUGAGAUUUGUUUUGUUACGAACCGAGAGCGAAUACGUUUGUUUAUAUAUAUUUACGUUUAUCGCUUUGGUUUAAAUUGAACACAAACCAUUACGUGAAAAGUUUCUCGAAGUAAAAAACGAAAGUUGGUCUAAAGUUCUUAGCACUUUGUUUUGCACAGAUUUACAGUUUCUAUUAAUUCGAGACGUGAAGUCCAGUAUGGGUUUACAUAUCCGAUUAGGUAAGAAAAAAACGAUUCAAAUGAAUUCUAACGUACUUCGCGAGUAUCGGAAGACAGUAUAAGAGCAGGAAUAAUUGUCGGGAGUCAUUAGUGGAAAACCAAACUAACCCUGAGUGGA